UUGUGCAAUUUCCAAUAAUAAAUUGUUUCAUAGGUGUGUCUUAAUCGAUUUAAUUGCUCAUAUGUUGUAUAAAUUUCAGCAAUGAUAAAAAUACAAAUCUGUAUAAUAGUUAUUGAAGAGAUAGGAGUAUUAAAUAUCAUUCCAACCCCAAUCCCUAACGGUCACAUUUUCCAAACAUAUUGCUUAAAUAUAAAAGCCUCUCACGUCCAUCUGCACAAAACAUUUCUCCACCAAAAAAAUUAGAAUAUACUCCAAAAAAUUCAAGAAAAGUUUUUGGGUAUUCAGAUUGAAACAUGGGAUGUUUUCCUGCUUGUUUUGGCCAUUUAAGAAGAGAUCUUAACACUAAAAAGUGUUUGUCUCAGGAUGAAUCUGUCAAAUUCUUACCAGAAAAGACAGCAUCACUGAAAGAGGAGGAGAUUGUUGAUCCCAUCAAACUUGUUUCACAUAUAUCUGUAGAUAUUAGCAAGGAAAAAGAAGAAGAAACAUUUUGCAAUCACUCAAAUGUCAAUAAAAUUAGUAAAAUCAGCAGCAAAAGUGAUAGUACUAGUUUGGUGGAAUGUGGAAAUGGCAAAGUAGAAAUGGAGAGAGGGAAUGAGAGAGAAGAUCAAGAAACCAGUAGUCAUGUUGUUCAAGAAGAGUCUUGCUGCAGCUCUCUCUUCACUCUAUCCAUAGAUUCUAGGAAGCAUUUUUUAGCUGUCAGAAAUGGGAGAAAAAGAGGGUAGCAGCCUACUCAAGACUGAAGAUCCCAUGAUGAAGCAAUGUUUCUUUGACAAGUUGAAGUCGGGGAGUGAUAGUCCAUGCGGAGGGAAAGGUGAUGAUAAGGCGAUCGAGAUGAGCCUCUCGAGCUGGUUAGCCGAGAAGUCACCACAGAACUCGCUGGAGAGUGAGAACAACUAUGGAGAUAGGCUGAGAGUGAUUGCAGAAAUCAGCAAGUUGAAUGGGGUGGUUCCAUCGACGACAACAUCGUGUUGCAGUGGUGGCAAUGAUCAGCUGGGUGUCGGGACAGUGGGUCGGUAUUGGGGGCAGAGGGGCACCGUUGGUGAGGCGGAGGACGGAGAAGUUUCGAGUUCUGGGAAGUGUUGAGGCUUCUUAGUUU